AUGUCUUUACCACUAACUUUUGCGACCAUAACCCCAAAGACGAAGCACACCGCCACGGUCAUAUUUGCUCAUGGACUGGGAGAUAGUGGUCUGGAGUUCUCAAACAACAAGGAGAUGCGCACGAUAGCAUUCCAGCUUCCACACAUCAAGUGGGUGUUCCCUAAUGCGCCUGAGCGCUCCAUUACCGCAUGGAAAGGAGACACAAGGAGGCGAAGUUCAACUAGGGGCUGGCUUGACGUCUUGCGCGAGCCUUUGACAUAUUUGUCGGAAGACGACGACAUUCAGGAGUAUGAUGAGGGAAUCAUGCAAAGCGUCAAGCAUUUAGAUGCCUUUAUCCAGUCUGAGAUCGAUUCAGGAAUUUCACAGGAACGUAUCGUGCUUGGGGGAUUUGGCCAAGGGGGAGCGAUAUCCCUGAUCGCCGGUUUGGGUGGCAGUCAGUGGAGGGGUGGUUCUGACAUGCAAGAUGGUUGGAAGUUGGGAGGAGUCAUAUGUCUAGGUGGUUGGCUCCCCAUGCGAGACAAAUACAAAAAGCGGUUGUCCAUGCACGCAUCUACGAUACCCGUGUUCUGGGGUCAUGGGGUGCAGAAUGAAUCUGUGACCUGGGAUCUGAGCUGGGAGUCGGCCAAUUUCAUGGGAGAUAGACUGGAAGUGAGAUAUGGACAGUAUACGAAGGUGGGAGAGCCGGGUGUGAGCUUCAUGUCGUACGGCGUAGCGACACUGUUGGCUGAAUCUGAGAUGGAUGACCUGAGGUUGUUCUUAAAAAAGGUCUUUCCUUUGGAAGGAUAG